AUGAGCCGCACACACAGGAGGAAGCACAUCACCACUCGGAGACAGGAGCGACACCGCACGUCAGAGAGCGGCAGGACAGGGCAGCUUCAGCGCGCCUCAGCCGUGCGUCUGUCCCUACAGUCUCUGUCCCAGCAGCAGAGACCACAGCCACACUGCUCCGGAGACAAGAUGGAGGACCGGGAGCAGGUGCAGAAGCUUCUGGGUGGGAUCCUGCAGAGUCAGAGCAGAGGCCUGAGUGCGUGUCGUCUGCAGAGUGAGUUCCAGGAGCUGACCGGAGAGCACAUACCGCACCGACAGCUGGGACACGGCAGCCUGAGCGCUCUGCUGGACACACUGCCCUCUGUGGUCAGGGCGGAGCGCGGCGACAGUGGAGAGGUGUUGUACUUUCCCUCUGCUCUAAAGGGGACCGUGGCGCAGGUUGUGGCUCGACAGCGCAGGUCACGGAGGUUUGGACGAUCACAGACGAUCAACACCAACAUGAGGCUGAAACCGGCUGCUCCACUGGCCCUCAACGCCAAACCUCAAACGUCUCUCAGACAGCCGAGUCAUCGCAGCAGACGAGGAGGAGGAGCAGGGGGAGCAGGCGGAGGAAGGGGAGGAGGAGGAGCAGGAGGAGGAAAGGGAGGCAGAGAUGGGCCUCCAGACGGCAGGACGGCCCACCACAGUUCAGCCCAGAAGAGAGCUCACGCCCCAGGGGACAAGAGGAUGUGUCUUCCUUCUCGCUUCCACAGAGAGGUUCACGCUCACCUCUCAAAGAACUCUCCUCAGUGUCCUGGGGGGGUCAGAGGUCCUGAGGGUCCCUCCUACAGCCCCCCCCUGGUGCAGAGGCGUCUCCGGGAGCUCCUGAGCAGAUACAGUAAUGGUUUCUGGGUGUCUAAGCUCCCACAGAUCUAUAGCGAGCUCUACAAGGAGGAGCUGCCCCCCCCCGUCCUGAGGGACCUGGACACAUGGGGCCACAUCUGCACCGUGGAGAAAACCUGUAGCACCUCCUCGGAGCUGCUCCUGUACCCAGCGGAGGAGCAGAGGAGCAGCCCUGACCCAAGCUCUGAAAGCCCCUCCCCUGCAAGAUCCUCCCCCACCUCCCGCGCCUCCCCCACCUCCCGUGCCUCCCCCACCUCCCGCGCCUCCCCCAGCUCCCGCGCCUCCCCCACUUCCCGCUCCCCCACUUCCCGCGCCUCCCCCACCUCCCGCGCCUCCCCCAGCUCCCGCGCCUCCCCCACUUCCCGCGCCUCCCCCACUUCCCGCGCCUCCCCCACUUCCCGUGCCUCCCCCACUUCCCGUGCUUCCCCCACCUCUCGUGCCUCCCCCACCUCCCGCCCCUCCCCAAACUCCCCCACGCCUCCUGCCUCUCCCUCUCUUAGCCCUGACCUACAGAGCAGACUGGAGGAGCUGCUGAGGAAGUAUCCCAACGGUCUGUGGGCCCACGCUCUGCCCAAGCUCUACCAGGAGACCUACAAGACGGAACUUCCUGGACACGUGUUGGAAAACCUGCAGCUCCUCUCACACAUCUGCACCGUGGACCACCCUAUGACAGACACCCCCCACAGGGCCAUCCUGUACACCAGCAGCACCAGCAACACUACCAGCAACAGCAGAAACAGCAGCACUGGGGCAGACACCGGGGCAGACACCGGGGCAGACACCAGAGCAGACACAAGGACAGACACCAGAGCAGACACCAGAGCAGACACCAGAGCAGACACCAGAGCAGAUACCAGAGCAGACACCAGAGCAGACACCAGAGCAGACACCAGAGCAGACACCAGAGCAGACACCAGAGCAGACACCAGAGCAGACACAAGGACAGACACCAGAGCAGACACCAGAGCAGACACCAGAGCAGAUACCAGAGCAGACACCAGAGCAGACACCAGAGCAGACACCAGAGCAGACACCAGAGCAGACACCAGAGCAGACACCAGAGCAGACACCAGAGCAGACACCAGAGCAGACACCAGAGCAGACACCAGAGCAGACACCAGAGCAGACACCAGAGCAGACACCAGAGCAGACACCAGAGCAGACACCAGAGCAGACACCAUGGUACCUGUGCUCCUGCCCCCCACAGAGGAGUACCCCUCGGUGCUGGUGCUGGAGGCCUCUGACACCAACGCUGUCGUCUUGAGGUUCAUCGGCGAGGGGUACUCCAGGGCCCAGGAGCUGAUGGAGGACGACAUGAGGAGGUUCUACAGCCCAAACCAAAGCCCUGCCCUCCCCCCGGCCUCCUGUCCACACAUGGAGGAGCUGGUGGCAGUGAGAGCAGAGGAGGAGGAGGAGGUGCUCAGGGCUCAGGUCUGUGCUCUGCUGCAGGACAAGGUCAAGGUGUACUAUGUGGACCAUGGCUUCACAGAAGUCGUCAGUAAAAGCAAAGUAUUUGAUCUGAACGAGAGGUUUCUCAAGCUGCCGUUCCAGGCCACAAAGUGCAGACUGGCAGGCCUGGAGCCCUUCUGCCGGGACCCCGCGGUGCUGAAGACCCUGGAGAGCCUGGCCAGUGGGAGGAUCCUGCUGCUGGAGAUCCUGGAGCAAGGACAGUGCCCCCUGGUGGUGCUCUACGACACCUCACAGGACGACGACGUCAACAUCAACACGGCCUGUGCCAGAGCUCUGCAAGACCCCCGUCUGGCCAGUCCCCUGAAGGUGCACAGUGUGUACAUGGGGGCAGUAGUGAGCAGUGUGUGUUCAGACGGGAGCCUCUUCUGUCAGCUUCCAUCCAGAGGUCUGCACCAGCUGCGGGGGACGCUGGAUACCAUCAACACAUACUUCCAAUCACAGGUGACCUCGGAGAGCCUGGUGUCGUUGCCCUUCUGUGGGAAAGUCUGCCUGGCCCGGUACAAAGGCCGCUGGUCAAGAGUGGAGGUCACCAACCUUCAUGGUUCCAGAGUUAUGGACGUUCUGUUUGUGGAUGUGGGGGUGCAGGCUUCAGUGGAGGUGUUCGAGCUCAGAGAGAUCCCUCCGAAGUUCCUCAAGGACCUGGUCACCAUCCCCCCACAGGCGGUGAAGUGCUGCCUGGCGGAGUUGGGAGUCCGGUCGUGGGCCCCUGAGGCCGUGCAGUGGCUCCGGGAGCGAGUGCUGCACCUCAGCGACUGCAGUGUGAAGGUGGUCAGAGUGGACGACUCAAAGGGCUGCGUCCACAUCCACCUGUUCGCUGACAAGAACUUCCACGACGCCACGCUCAGCCUCAACCACCAGAUGGCGCUCUCCCCACUCUUCCAGCAGCAGCCAGACGUCAUCCUGACCAGCCACAGGUCGAAGCAGCCUCCUGCUGCUGCACCAAAGACCCCCACCUCCCCAGAGGGAGCUGCUGCUAAAGGGAAGCCCCCUCUCAGAUUGUGUGCCCCCACAGAGACCUCCCCCCCCCCUCCUGACGGGCCGGACCCCCCGGACAGCCUGCCCCCAAUGAUUGAGCUGCCGUUACCAGGGCAGAACCUGGAUGUGUAUGUGUCCGUGGCGUCUCACCCUGGUCACUUCGUGCUGCAGCCCUGGAGGAGCCUGUACCAGCUGGGAGUCCUGAUGGGGGAGAUGGUCCUCUACUACAACAGGGGCCAGAGGCAGAGCACCCGGCUCCACAAGGGUCUGCUCUGCGCUGCCAAAGUGGACCACAGCUGGUACCGUGUGCUGGUGAAGGGGCUGCUGUCUAACGGCCUGGUGUCCGUGUACCAGGUGGACUAUGGCAGACUGGAGCUGGUCCUUGCGUCACAGCUCCAGCCUCUGGUGCAGGACUUCAGGAGACUGCCCUUUCAGGCCCUGACCGCCCAGCUGGCAGGGGUGAAGCAGCAGCACUGGUCUGAGGAGGCCUCCAUGGUGUUCCGCAACCAUGUGGAGAAGAAGGCCCUGGUGGCUCAGCUGGAGGGCGUGCAGGAGGCCCCUGGAGGCCCCUGGGAGCGCAGACUCACUGUGUUCCUGGUGGACACGUCUCAGGAGGACCGCGACGUCUGGGUCCACGACAUCAUGGCCGACAUCAGCCAGCAGCUCAGCUCCUGA